AUGGAGUACUUACAAAAAGAAAAUGAAGCCCAAGCAACGAAGACAAGAGAACUGGAGCAAUUGUACCAAGCACAAUCAGCUAAAGUUAAAGAAUUGGAACGGCAAAAGUCAGAGCUCCUGCAACAAUACCAAGCACAAGAGGCUAAGCUGAAGGAGUUGGAAUCGCAAAAGAUUGAGUUGGACAAGCUAAAGCUGGAGUACCAAGCACAGGGAGAUGAACUGCAGCAAAUUAAGAUCAGGACAAACUUAACACAAAAGCAGGUGGAGGUUCUGAAGAGAGAAGGAGAAGUGAAACAAGUGGCAUUCUCAGCCUCCUUACUGGACUCAGGUGGACGGGACAUUGGACCUUUCAAUGCAUACACGACUUUGAUAUUCAAAAAUGUUGUCUCAAAUAUUGGGAAUGCCUACAAUUCAAACACAGGGUUUUUCACUGCCCCAGUGAGAGGUGUCUACCACUUUAAUUACCACAUCUAUGGACAUGGACAUUCUUCACAAGGUUCAGGUGCUGUGCUGGUCAAGAAUGGAGAGUUUAUUUUCAUGGCAUAUGAACAUCAAACUUCACUCGGCGCUAACUCUGCUAACACUGUCACGUUGCUGUUAGAGGUUGGAGAUGUUGUAUAUUUGCUUCAAAGGGCUAAUACAAGGAUUUUUGAUGAUCAGUUGCAUUAUACCACGUUCAGUGGUCUUCUACUUUUUCCUUUGUGCAGUGAUGCAUGCUAAGUCAUUUGUAGCAGUGUUAUAGUGCAGUAUAACAUGUACACAAAAGAUAAACAAACUGCUCAGAAGACAAAAUACCACAAAUAAAAUGUAAAUUCACUUUACAGAAGGGCAGUGGUAUUAAGACUAAUUUACCAUAAGGUGUUUUCUGCAGAGAACUUUUACAUAAUCAGAAUGACAAAAUAUUAAUUUUAAACCAUGUACACCAAAGUAUAUCUCACACUAUAACUGUAAUUUUUGUACUGCAUGCUGUAUGUCUGAUUUGAUUUUUAA